GCGCGCUCAGUAGACCCUCGGCGCGCGUGCUGCGUGCGCGUCCGCGAGUGAUGACACAGUGCCAGUGAAGUGCCGUGAACUAUGGUGGCCAUGGUCGCUUCAGCCUCAGGAUACGGCACCCUGCGCCGCUUCUUAAGCGCUCCUGAAGGCCAUGAGAUGACCGCCGCCGUACCCGGCGCCUCCAUCGCCGUCUCGUCGAAGCAGCGCGCAUCGAUCAAAUGGCUGCUGUCGAAGGCGUUCAACAACAGGGUCCCGGAUAACCUGCAGGAGCCCUUUUACAGGGACCAUGAGGACCAGGAACACCUCAAGCCACCUAUAGUCGGGGGUCUCGCCAACGCCGAGAUCUACUGUCUGGCGUUAGCGAACAUGUACUCAGACCCCAACUAUCACAGCCUCAACCACUGGAACAUAUUGCAAACCCUCACUAGGAAAGGCGUACACGUACCAGAUCCGCCUGACUGCGCGCUUACGGAGACAGUGUUGCUUCAGAACAAUCCGCUCAAAAUGACUGCACAUAUGACAGUGAUAGAAGCUUUAAUGGUGCUGUACGCGCGAGAGGUAGUCACGCUGGAUAGGGUGUCAGCGGCGGCACAAAGAUUCGGCACGAGUCAACCCCUCAACAACUCCAAUGUUCCGCACGAAGACGGGCUUCUGUGCUGGAUCAACGCGGCCUGUGCUGCGCUUAACAAGGCUGAGGAUGACCAGUCAUCACAAGUCCCAAUGGUGAAGAACCUCCAAGAGCUCUGCGACGGCACGGCGCUCGCGGCUCUCAUCUCCUUCUACUGUCCCGACGCGCUGCCCCGCUCCGCCGUGCGUGUCGGCCGCAUGGCCUCCAUACAGGACUGCCUCCACAACCUCAUGCUGGUGCACGACUUCUGCCAGACGUGUCUGCCGCACAAUGUGUUCCAUAUGCUGCCCGAAGACGUGACGUAUAUGCGCGGAUCAAUGCGACAAAACUUAAUAGCAAUGCUAGCCGAUCUCUUCAACAUGCUAGAAGUGCACCCAGUCAAGUCCGUCAAGUGCCCCGGCGUCGCGCGCUCGGACAGCAACGAGCACGGCGUGCGCCACAAGCGCUGCCUGCCGCCGCCGCCGCCGACGCCCAUCCCCGACCUGCGCGCCGACCAGCUGUCGUCCGCGCAGGCGCCCUUCACAGUACCGCGAUCACCCUCUGCUUGCGGCAUGCGACCGCGCGUUCCCACUGGUCGCUCGGCGUGCUCGACGCCUGAGCGGCGGAGCUGCAGUCCUCAGAGAGAAGAGUUCGUGGUGCAUAGGGGAAGGGGGAUCACCACGUUAUCGUCCAUCGCGAGGAGGGAAGACGAUAACGUCGUGGACCCGAACCAAACCGCCGCCGGCCGUCCGUCCAACUACCAAACACAAAACUCCUUCGCCGGCCGCCGUUCAAGACGGUCUUCCAUCACAGACGACAGUCAGCUUACCGUCGAAAACUUUGGAGGAUCGCAAGAUCGUCUGCAUUUCGCUGGGAGGAAUCCAGAGAAAGAGCUGGCGACAGUGGCGAAUGUUCGGAAGAUAUCUGCCCCGGCCGGUCCCCUAGACAGUUACAACCCUCCCCUCCGCUCGUCCAGACAAGACAUCCGCGGCUCCAUCAACCUCUUCCACGGCGACUACAACGGGGACAGCGAGCCCGACCGGCCCAUGCGGCGGCAGCUCAGCUCCGACACUAUCAACUCCAACAACAACUUCAGCAAUAAAGGCGGUGGUGACGGUUUCUACCUAAACCGAGACUCCACCGACGGGGACAUGACGAAGACCAGCUUCGCGGACCUCAAGUACCGAAACGGCGACCAAGGUGUGGAGGAGGUGGUGGAGCGGCGCAAGAGCACGACGUUCAGCACGCCGCCGCCCGCCACCACCACGUGGCAGCAGCAGUGCCUGGCGCAGGACGCCACAGGACAGCCCAACGGCGACGAUCAAUCCGACGACGCGUCACCGAGCGGCGGGCAAGCCAUGGCCUCACAACUAAACAACAUACGGUUAAAGCUGGAAGAGAAACGGAGACGAAUUGAACAGGAAAAGCGAAGAAUGGAAGUCGCCGUCAGUCGGCAAAGGCAACAGUUAGGGCAACAGGCGUUCCUGCAGGCUGUUACUAGGGAUACAUAUUUGCAAUACCAGUUGGCCUCCUUGGGUAAAGGUGCGCGGACGCCGGCCGGAGAUGAGCGGCCCGAAGAUAAGCCUCAGCAGGAUAUGGAUGCGCCGAGUCAGACAGUGGACAACGUAGCGUUAGAGCAGUACCAACAGUCAAUAGCCAAAAUGAACUCCAGCCUGCAGGACAUACAGAGCGACAUCGCGAGGCUCGCCACGCAGCAGAACCAGAUACAGCAACAACAGCAGCAGCAGCAAACACAGCAGCUGCAACAGCAGCAGCAACAGUUGCAGCAACAGUUGCAGCAACAGCUGCAAGCGCAGCAACAGCAGCAACUACAACAGCAGCAAGCCAAACAGCUGUUUCAGCCGCCGCAACCGCAAUCCCCUUUCCAGCAGUAUCCGCCUAACAUUCCACAAUUGCACAGCCAAUUCAGCUCACAGCACAACGUGUCUCGGCCCGCGCUCAACGCCUUCGGCUCAACCCCGCACCUACCGCGGGACUUCUACCCGCAACCAUUCGACAACUUCGAGUACAACCAACCUAACCAGUAUAGGGAUAUGGAAGAUUACGGAAGGUUUUACUUACAUGAGAGUCCGCCUCAGCCGCAGAGGAGGACGUGGGCUCAACACGCGCAGCAGCAGCAGGAGAACGAGCUGAGGGGAUGGCAGCUCCACCAGCAUCAGCAGAAUCACCAGCAGCACCAAUACGAGCCGCAGCACACCCCUCCCCCUCGCACGUGGAAGUCCCCCUCCCCCGCGCCGUCGGAGCGCAGCUGGGCGCCGCAGGGCUUCGUGCUGCACGAGCGGAGCCCCGCCCCCGCCCCCGCCCCCACCCACGCCCCCUCCCCCUCCCCCGCCGCCCAGCCCUUCCAGGUGCACUACAACAACGACCGCCCCCAGAACGGCACCGAGCAGAACCACCUCAGCUACACUGUGAUACCCAACCAACACCAAUACUCUCAAUCGCCGCCGCUGACGACCAGUCCGCGCCGAUCGAAAACCCCCCAACGGCAGGGCUCGCUUCCAGAAGUUUCUAGAAGACCCGAGCCCGUCAGCCUGCAGCAGCUCGGAGCCGCCAGUCCGGCGCCCGUCGACGACAUGGAACCGCAAAACAUCUCCUUCAUAGGCAACGCGGAAGACGACGCCCUCAGACAAGGCAUCAACCGCCUCAACAUCACCUCCGGCACCCGAACGUACCGAAUCCCCUCCCCCACGAGACCCUCCCUGAGCCGCAACUCAUUCCAACAACUGGAGCAGGAGGAGGAAGCGAACGAGAAAGGCUUCUACAUAUCCUUCGACAACGAAGCGCCGAAACGACCCAAACCGCCGCUCCGGGUGAAGCGAAUGUCACCUAAGAAAGAGAGAACGGAAUACCAGAGUCCGGAGCGGGGGAGUCCGGAAGCUUGGGAGCCGCAGGAGUUCCCCGUGCAUCGGGCGGAGAUGCGGGCGUCGCCGGCGCGGGACUCGCGGUCGGAGGCCUCCCCGCCCGUGUCCCGCGAGGCCCCGCACGAGCGGGCGCUGCGGCCCGGCGCCGAGCCCGCCGCGUUACUCAUCGGCGAGAUGAACCCGGACCCGAACUCCGCAGAGGAGAUGGAGCGAAAGAAAGAGCGGAUAAUGCUUCUCUCCCUCCAACGGCGGCAGCGCGCGGACGAGGCCCGCGCACGCGCGGAGCAGGCCGCGGCCGCGCGCCGCGCGAGGGACGAACAGGUGGCGGAACAGCGCGCGGCUCGGAAAGAGGAGCAAGCGAGACGGCGCGAGGCCAUUCUGCAGCAGUACAAACUCAAGAAGGCCAUCGAAGAGGCCGAGCGAGAGGGCAAAGUGUUCGACAAGUCGGAGUUCAUGGACCUCGCGCGGCCCGCGGCGGCCGGCCCGCCCGCGCGCAUGCGCGGCAAGCAGCCGCCCCGGGCGCGCCCCAAGACCAUACACGUGGACAGCGGCGCCCUGCAGCACGCCGAGGGCAUGCUCGGCCGCAAGCAGCCCUCCUCCACCAACCUCACCGGCACCAUGCGGCGCGACUACUACCGCGGCUCACAGGACAGUCUGGCGGAGCGGGCCGGCCUCUACAGAGACUCGCCCUCGGAGGAGCGCGGCGGCGGCGGCGUGUCGCCCGCCAGCGCGGCCAGCGGCCCGCUCGGCCGCCGCGGCAGCUGCAAGACCUCCAGAGAGCGCGUGAAUGAGGAACCACAGUCGGCCCGUGGAAGGUCUAAAUAUUCCACUUACCAGAAUAACUUUAAGGCGGGACGGAAGUCUAGCUCUCUAAUGAACUUGUGCGACUCAGGCCUCGGUCGCGCCACGCCGCCGCGCCGCGCGGCCUCGCCCGGGCUGCGCGCGCUGGGCUCGCCGGCCUCCGGCCCCGGCUCGCUGCCCGGCGCCAUCGGCAAGCGCCGCCAGCACCCCGACGACGCCUCCGACGUCUCUUCCACGCACUCCUCCAUUAUGGACUAUUCUGGCCCCCGGCUGUAUAAGCAGCCGGCAACCAAGUCGAACCGCGGCAUCAUGCUGAACGCCGUCGAGUACUGCGUGUUCCCCGGCGCCGUGAACGCCGAGGCCAAGCGGCGGGUCCUGGAGGAGAUCGCGCGCUCCGAGGCCAAACACUUCCUCGUGCUGUUCAGGGAUGCCGGGUGCCAGUUCAGGGCGCUCUACUCGUACUGUCCGGAUACGGAACAUGUCACGAAGCUGUACGGCACGGGACCGAAGAAUGUUAAUGAUAGGAUGUUUGAUAAGUUCUUUAAAUACAAUUCGGGCAGCAAGUGCUUCUCGCAAGUGCAUACGAAGCACCUGACGGUGACGAUCGACGCGUUCACGAUACACAACUCGCUGUGGCAGGGCAAGAAGGUGCAGCUGCCCAGCAAGAAGGACAUGGCCCUCGUCAUAUAGGCGUUCUAGUCGAUGAGCCGAGGGGGGACUACGGUGAUAGUGUGGUGCGGAUAUCGAACAGGGCAGACUAACUAUUUGUGAAGUGAACAAAGUGGUUUUUAUGCAAAGUGUAAAGGUAAACAACGACGCGACAUUACAAAUCGUGAGGUGACAACCAAAACUCUUAAUACCACGUCGGUAGCAAACAGGCAUACCCUCCUAAGUCCUGCGGUACCAAAUUUUGUACAUAAUAAAAGUCACCCUUCAGUCCCAGCAUUAAGUAAAUUACUACAGUAAUAAACACCGAUAGCUUUCAAAUUUGAAUGCUCGCGCGGAAUAUUCUGACAGUCCAUAGAGUUGUAAAUAGUCUGUUCAGGACUGACAGCAAAUAUUUAUUGUGAAAAAAAAAUUAACAAGAGGCCUCUAGGACUAUGAAGUUUAAAAAAAGCUGGGACUUUGGAGGCUAAGGCCUGCCUGAUGGCAAGCAGACCGUAUUUUACAGUCGCCUGCAACUGUUUUAUACAAAUUACCGACCCCUACCAAACAACAAACAUACAAAAACCAUAAACUAUAAUAGAAUACGGUUUAUAAUUAGUAGUGUGACUACUUAAAAAACACAAAUCAAAAUAUUUAAUAAAAUUAUUUUAUUUUUUUCCAAAGUUCUACAAAAACCAACCUAGUUUUGGUACAGCUUAGGUUCACAAUGGCUUUGUAAUGGUAAAUAGUUAGUUUUGGUUGUCACGUGACGAGAUAGAGAAUAACAUUUUGUGGGCGUAAUCAUGACUUCGAAUGGCAUAAAGUGAUGAAUACAUACUCAACUACUUUUUCCAUGAGACCGGAAACGUUUCAGCUACUCCGAGCUUUUGUUUCUAUGGCAUAGCUGAUUUUUUAGCUAUUUCUUGGUCGUUGAUCUCGUGGGAGAAGAUGAUCAAUAUGUCCUAUCACUUUUGUCAUGACCCCGAUUUCACCCAGUAGACUUUGUGUAUGUGCAGUGGGACACAUUUACGUAUCAUUUUGCUUUACAAUGCGCUGCCCUUUACGAUAUUUGCCGGCGUAUGUGUGUGUUGUCCCCGCCACGUGCUCGGUCGCGCCUGUGUGUGUGCAGAUGGAGGACGAAGCUCGAAUCGGAUUAGGUUAUGUCGAUUGGUUUCGCGGUGCGAGCUGGUGGUUGACGUGGUUCAGCGCUUCGUACACCGAAGGAAUUGGAUUUGGAGACUUUACACGUGAGUUUUUUGCAUAUGAAAAUGCGUGUGGAAGAAAGAAUGCUACAAAAAUAAGUAAAAAAAAAUAUGUUUAAGAAAAAUCAUGUUAUAGAGGUAUAGUACGAAUUAUCUCAAAUGUUUUUUUCGCCCAAACCCUAAGCUGUUUAAACAAAAGGCAUUGUUUCUUUUGUGCGCCGCGGUGGCUACCUCAUUUCUCUUCAGUGAAAAGGAUUUUAGCGUUCUACUUUUAUGGUUCAAAUUUGAGCCCAAUGUGAAGCAUGCUAAAAUUGCCAUUGAAACGGGCGUGGUCCUUUUCACUAAUGAGAAAUGAGGUAGCCACCGCGGUGCACAAAAGAAACAAUGCCUUUUGUUUAACGGCGUAGGAUUUGGGCGAAAAAAUCAUUUGAGAUAAUUUAUACUGUAGUCGUGAUUUCAAGCGAUUGCUUUUAUUAAAUUACCGAUAGACGGUAAUUUAUUUUAUAAAAUGUAAAUGGAAUAAAUUAAAAUGUACAUCGCCUGGUUCUGAAAUUAAUGGUCGAGGCAGGACCUCUUGAGAAAAUUUAAUGAUGUUUUCUUAAAAGUCAAGCGCUAAAUCCCAUUCCUUUGGCCCCGUAAUCUGCACGAUGCUGAAUCACGUUGUACUCAAAUUGAAUCGGCCGUCGCGUCUCCGCACACAGGUCAUUAAUAUGUACACAUGUUUUAACUUAUUCCAAUGGAAUAAGACGCACAAUAGUAUACAUAUUUGUGACGGAGACGUGCCGGCUUUUGUGUUGUGUGACGCAGCGGUGUUCUGUAUAGACGAGACGUUUGCCAUAUGUAUUAGUGAGAUGGUCGAUAUUGUUCCAAAUUGUCACAAACCCCGCAGCCAAACUGUCGAUUGUGUAGGUACGAAAUUUAACUGUCCCUUAUCUAGAAUAACAAAUUCACAAACUAAUAUCGCUUAUUUGUUAUAAUAUUGUAACUCGUUAGUAAUUAUUUCAAUUUGACUGGAUUAAGAUUAGAUCAUUAUGUAUUUGUUUAGUGACGUUCGUUCGAUUCCCAUUUUUUUACCGCUUGUAUAGCUAAAGUAAGAGGCGCUUACGGCGUAACGUACUGCCUUACCCUGUAAAUAAUUGUUUUGUAUACAGCUAUUUAUUAAAAGAAUGUUAAACGAAAAUUGAUGAAUAUCAUUAUUUCAUUGUUUAAUGAUUGGUCAUCAAUAAAUAUACUACCGAUAGUAUAUUAUGGUAUGCAAAUAUAUUGUAUUAAUACAAAAACAUAACGAAUAAUAUUGAAUUUCAUAUUA